GUCAGCCUCCACUCCCCUGAGUACGACAGAGCCACCAACCUAUUCUCCAAGCUCCUCUGUUACUACCACCACUUCUGGUACCACCAGCUCAUCCACGUCAGCCUCCACUCCUCUGAGUACGACAGAGCCACCAACCUAUUCUCCAAGCUCCUCUGUUACUACCACCACUUCUGGUACCACCACUUCAUCCAUGUCAGCCUCCACUCCCCUGAGUACGACAGAGCCACCAACCUAUUCUCCAAGCUCCUCUGUUACUACCACCACUUCUGGUACCACCACUUCAUCCACGUCAGCCUCCACUCCUCUGAGUACGACAGAGCCACCAACCUAUUCUCCAAGCUCCUCUGUUACUACCACCACUUCUGGUACCACCACUUCAUCCAUGUCAGCCUCCACUCCUCUGAGUACAACAGAGCCACCAACCUAUUCUCCAAGCUCCUCUGCAACAACCACCGCUUCAUCAACAUCAGUGUCCACUCCAUCUACAACACCGCAGACAACGCCCACAGUUCCACCUUUAGGUCGGGCUAUCUGCAGUGCAUCAGGGGACCCACAUUAUAAUACCUUUGACCAGAAGGUUCACCAUUUCAUGGGCACCUGCACCUACACCCUUUCCAAAGUCUGCAAUGCCUCUACUGGGCUUCUUCCUUUUGCUGUGUCCACGACCAAUGAGCACCGAGGCUCCAACACCAAAGUUUCUUAUGUAAAGUCAGUGCACGUGGAGGUCUAUGACAAUCAGAUUUCUCUUCUGAAGAACAGGAAAGUGAAUGUGAAUGGCAGAAGGGUGAAUCUGCCUGUGUUCAUUGGAAGCAAAAUCAAGAUCCUAAGCAUUGGCGGCUAUAUUCACCUGGAAACCGAUUUUGGACUCUGGGUCAGAUUUGAUGGAAAUCACUAUGCAGAAGUCUCAGUGCCCUCUAAUUACCAGGGCCAGCUUUGUGGCCUCUGCGGCAAUUACAACAAUAAUCCAGGUGAUGACAACAUAAAGCCCGACGGUUACGCUGCGCGAGAUUCCACAGAACUUGGAGACAGUUGGGUAGUGCCAGAGAACAACACCGUAUGCUCCAGUGAUCCUCCCGGGACCUGUGACCCCAAGCUGGAGAGCGAAGUGAAGAAGAACACGGCUUGUGGCAUGAUCUCCGAUCCAGCAGGUGUCUUCAAGGACUGUCAUGCCAAGGUGAAUUGGGAGAAUUUCUUUAGUAACUGUGUCUAUGACAUGUGUCUCACUGGAGGGCAGGCAAUGUCCUUGUGCUACGGGCUGCAGGCCUACGCUGAGGCGUGUUCAAGCGCUGGGAUCUGCAUCAAGUGGAGGAGUGCUACACUUUGCCCAAUAACCUGUCCGGCACACAGCCAGUAUGAGAGCUGCAAUACCGUGUGUCCGCUCACCUGCUUGACUCCCUCCACACUCAGCUCUUGCAGCUCCUCACCGAUGGAAGGCUGUUUCUGCAGUGAGGGCUAUCUUCUGAGUGGAGACAAAUGCGUGCCCCAGGAGAGCUGCGGUUGCAUCGAUGCUGAUAAGAAGUAUCAUCAGCUGGGUGAAAGCUGGUUUACCCAUGAGACCUGCACUGAGCGCUGCACCUGCAACAACAACAGCGACAUCACGUGUGUAGCCUGGAAAUGCGGCAUAAAGGAGAACUGCAACGUACAGGAUGGGGUCCUGGGCUGCCAUGCCUCUGGGAGCGCAUCGUGUCAGGUGGUAGGUGACCCCCACUAUUUCACCUUCGACAAAACAAUGCUCACCUUCUUGGGCACCUGCACCUACACCCUGGUUGAAACCUGCAACAACAACAGCGUCGUUCCAGUGACCAUCAGAGGCAAAAAUGAAGACAGGGGACAGAGAGGUGCCACGUACCUCAAAGAAGUCUACAUCGAUGUGUAUGACAACCGAAUCACCCUCCAGAAAAGCAGGAGCAUCCUGCUCAACAAGGAGAGAGUCUACGCUCCGGUGAAGAACCGAAUGCGAGGCGUGUCCAUUGGCAAUGUGGGGUUGUACGUGGUGGUGGAAACCGACUUCGGGCUGGUGGUGAAAUACGAUGGAGACCAUCACUUGGAAAUCAGUCUCCCGGACUCUUACUUCUCAAAGGUGUGUGGCAUGUGCGGCAACUACAACGGCAGGAAGGAUGAUGACCUGCUCAUGCCCAAUCAUCUGCAGGCGAGUAACGUUGCGCAGUUUGGAAACAGCUGGAAAGUGGAAGCCGACAGCGAACGAGGCUGCUUACCAGACAAAGGAGACGAGCCUAACCCUCCCUGCACUGCUGGUGCCAGACCAAACAUGGAAAAGCAGUGCAAUGCCUUGAUGUCAGACCCCUUCAAGCGGUGCCAUCACCUGGUUGAUCCCGAGCUCUUCAUCAAGACCUGCGUCUACGACAUGUGCAAGUAUGGUGGCAUGAAGUCCACCCUCUGCGACAUCGUUCAGGCUUAUGUGGACACCUGCAAGAAAGACGGGGAGAGCAUCAUGUGGAGGAACGGCACGUUCUGCCCAUUACCUUGCCCCUCGCACAGCCACUACACUGCCUGCGCUCCUCUCUGCCCGGCCACCUGCAACGACAUUUUUGCGCCCACCCUGUGUGAGAAGCCGGGCGAGUGCACAGAAGGCUGCGUGUGCAACAAUGGCUACGUGCUCAGCAAUGACCGCUGCGUGCCGCUGAGGGACUGCGGCUGCAGGGACAACAAGGACAACUACUACAGCGUCGGGGACAGCUGGGUAACCAAACACUGCGGUCAGAAAUGCCGCUGCCGCAACGGAAAUGUCAUCACGUGUCAGGACUACACCUGUGAGAUUGGCUCGGUUUGCACCCUCCACAACGGGAACUACAAAUGUAAACCAACAGGUUUUGGGAAGUGCCUGGUCACCGGGGACCCGCACUACCUGACGUUUGACGGCUUGUGGCACCACUUCCAAGGCAAGUCCACAUACGUUCUGGCUCAGACCGUCCCCGAAGUCCCCAGCCACCUGCCGCCGUUCAGCAUUGAAGGCAAGAACCAGCUUCUGCCUCGAAGUCGACGCAUCACCUUCCUCAAGGAGGUCCGGGUCGACGUUUACAACCACACCGUGAUGUUCAAGCAGAGGAAGAGGCUCGUGCUGGACGGAGUGAGCGCUAUCCCCCCUGCCCGUCCUCACGAGGGUAUCCAGAUAUUCCAGAGAGCAACGAGAAUUUAUAUGCAGACAGAUUUUGGCUUAUCCAUUAGCUAUGACGGCUCUGAAAACUUAGACAUCACCCUGGCCAACACCUACAAGAACAAAGUCGAAGGCCUGUGCGGUAAUUUUGAUAACAAGUACAGGAACGACUUCACCAAGCCUGACGGCUCCCGGGUGAGGAACGUGAACGUGUUUGGGGAGAGCUGGAAGGUCCCCGUCGAGAGAUCGGCCCAUCGGCUCAGGCGAGCUGCAGAUGACGAACUGGACGAUGCCGAGCUGGAAACCGGGUUCCUCAGCGAGUGCUCGGAAAGCCAGCUGCUCCAAGUCAACGCCACUUCCAACUGCUGGGUCCUGAUGGAUCCAGACGGCCCCUUCCAAGGGUGUCACGCCAAUGUCUCAGCAGACUUCUUCCUGCAGAACUGCCUGUAUGACAUGUGCGUGGAGCCCAACAACAACGAGAUGCUGUGUCGGGACGUGGAGCAGUACGUGCUGGUGUGUCAGGAGAGGGGCAUCGCCGUGCAGAACUGGAGGGAGCGGACGUCCUGUGCUCCGCAGUGUCCCCCCAACAGCACGUACAGCAUAUGCACGUCUGCCUGCCCCGUUUCCUGCGGCAACCUGGCAGCUGCCUCGGAGUGCGACCUGCCCUGCGUCGAAGGCUGCGAGUGCCUGCCCGGAUACAUCCUCAGCGGCUUUGACUGCGUGCCCUACAAAGAGUGCGGCUGCACCUUCCUCAACCAGUACUACAAGGUUGGAGAGAUGUUCAUGACUGAGGACUGCUCUCAGACCUGCGUGUGCACGGAAAGCUCCAGCGUCUCCUGCCUCCCAGAACCAUGUGGCUCCGAGACGGUCUGCGGCGUGGCCAACUUGACCCGUGGAUGCUACCGGAAUUCUCUGUGUCUACACAACCCCUGCCAGAACGACGGGAUAUGUGUUCCCAGCAACAGCAAUUCCAGCUUCAGCUGCAUCUGUCCUGACCCAUACAUGGGGACUCUCUGUGAGAAAGACCGGAUAGACACCCCGGUCAUCUCUGACAACCCCCUGGUCUACAUCAUCGUGGGCGUCGCUGCGGGUGUUGUUGUGCUGGCGCUGAUCAUCUCCCUGGUGCUCUGGGGAUACCGAAGGAAGAGGCAGGAUCAAUCGAGAUUAGCCAGUCAAAGGUCUUGGUCCUUGAACUACUCAACAGAUGCACUAGACCAAGGCAUGGGACAGCAAGACCUUGGCUUUGUGGUCAACACAGCAUUUGAUCAGAGAGAAAAUCAACCGCACCACUCCUAGCGACCUGCUUCCCUUCUGACUGUUGUCCCUUUUCCAGCUCAUGAUUUCCCCCAACCCUUGCCUAGAAUAAUAUUUACUAAUAAAACCC